AUGCAUACAACCGCGGCGAGCAUCGAUCGUACUGGCUUUACUCCAUAUCAGCUUGCAUUUGAUCGUCUACCACAAAAUCCAUGUGAUCGUUCACGAACGAAAUUCAAAUUCUCCCGCCCAAAUGAUUAUUGGGAUCAACUUCCAAAAUUUAAACAUUAUGUAAAUGAAAUGGGCGUACCAAUAUUCAGCAUCAACAGUUGUUGGCUGUUACAUGAUUCGCUGUCCUCAGACAUCAUGUAA